AUGCCACAUGGGACUGUGAAUGUAGUUUUCCUUGUGUUCCAUCAUGAAAAAGAUGAUAGUUCCAUAAAGUUGUCCAGUCGAGAUCAACAGCUGGAAACAGAAGCGAUAUGGGUGCUUCUUAACAAGGAGCCAUACCGUCAGGAAACACAGGGGGCCCACUACGAAUGCUGUAAAACCCUCAAUGCAAAGAAUGAAUGCGUAGCACUGAGAAGAUACUGGUGUAACGACAUCACUUUAAACAUGAAUCGCGGGUGGCUUGAACUGGAGAGUGACCCCGGACUGUUCACGCUAUUGAUUGAAGAUUUUGGCACCCAAGGGGUUCAGGUUGAGGAAAUAUAUGACUUACAGAAGGCAAUGGAAGGGCCAGUCUAUGGGUUUAUUUUUCUCUUCAAGUGGAUAGAAGAACGCAGAUCGAGAAGAAAAGUCAUCCAGGAGGAUGAGUCAUUUGUCACCGAUGAAAACAAGUUGAAUGAGAUGUUUUUUGCCCAGCAGAUUAUCCCCAACUCCUGUGCCACACAUGCUCUGCUCAGUGUGCUGCUGAAUUGUGACCAGAUCAAGUUAGGGGAUACCCUCACCAAUUUCAAGGAGUUCUGCAGGGGGAUGAACCCAGAGGAUAAAGGUUAUGCCAUAGGCAACAUGCCCGAAUUGGCCAGAGCUCACAACAGCCAUGCCAGACCUGAGCCUACUCAUUUACCAGAGAAACAACAAGGUAUUUCCACCACAAGAAUGAUGGAAGCUUUUCAUUUUGUCAGCUAUGUCUCCAUCAAUGGGAGACUUUUUGAAUUGGAUGGCUUAAAACCUUAUCCUAUAGACCAUGGUAAGUUGAUAACUGGGAGACUGGGCAUGACAACAGGAGGAGAGCCGUAUCAUGACAUAAGGUUCAACUUGAUGGCAGUGGUGCCUGAUAAACGGCAGCAAUAUGAACGUAAACUCAAGACACUGAAGGCAAACAGACAGAUUGUUCUAGAGGCCCUGCAGCAGCUUCUUGACAGGAAGAUGGUCAAUGUCACAACCCCUGACCUUGACCCAAAUAAACCAAAGCCAGAACCUGCCAUGACAAGAUCUAAAGCCGCCAGAGCAGCCAUAUCUGUCACGCCAUCCAUGUCAACCAAUCAGCAGCAGAAUUCGUCAGUUGAAUCCAGUAACCAGGGAGGACUGAAAGUGAAACUCAGGACAAGGAAUUCUGGGAAUGGGACUGCAACAGGGGUGACACCUAUAGGAGGGAGUCAGGCCAGGUUCCCAGCAGCCUUAGACAGUCACAACUACUGCAAGAGUCCCAUUCUGGAGGAAUCUGGAAACAAAACACAAGCAAAACCAGGAGAUGAAGCAGACGAUGAACAGACUGAUAGCGAUGUGGAGGUAACUGAGUCAGCCACUGACUCGGUAUCAAAUUUUUCAGAGUCAAAGCCAACAACGUCUUCUCCCACUAACACAAGUAAAGUUGAUCUGCGGAAGUUCCGUGGCGUCAAGGAUAAAGACAUUAAAAUUCAGAUCAAGGUGGGUGACGGCAAAGAGAGCUGUACAGUCAUCCCAGCCACUGUGGCUUUAACUGAUGUCACCAAACCCCUGACAAUACAAACUAAGUUUACCUGUUCUCCUAUACCUAGCUUUGAAAGCACUGACACUGCCUCUGAGACUGGGAGUAACAUUCACUCCCCAUACUCCAACAGUCCACCUGUGUUCUCUCCCACAGCCGCUUCUGCAAGACAAGCUGAAACCACAAGUAAAACCAGAGCCAGUCUAAUUAACAGACUAGAGGGAGUGGUGAAGUCAGAAAAGAUACAUGGCGCUGGCUUUGAUGGUUUGUCUGGGUCAGGAGAGGACGGGGAGAUAAGUAAAGAAAAGAUGGCGGCCAUGGAGAUGAUGCAGGGACAACAAGGCGGAGGGCAUGUUAAGACAGAGAAGGGAGGACUCACAGAUGAAGAGCAGAAGAAUAAAUUUAGUCACCAGGCUUUCACCCCCAAGGACUUGUUAGCUUUACUGAAGAAUGUAGAGGGUGAGAUUAGUUGCUGUGAGGCCAACCUUAGAGAUGAGAUUGAGAAAAGGAAAAAGUACAAGAUUGAUGACUGCCGCAGGACACACACAUACGAUCAGUUUAUUUGCACAUUCCUCUCCAUGCUGGCUGAGCAGGGCAAGCUGGCAGACCUGGUGGAACAGCACAUGUUAGUCAAAAGGAGACAGGGAGUCACAGUGGGACGGCUUCACAAGAUAAGCAAAGUUGAUAAAAGGAAAAGAGCCAGACCCAAGAGAAGACGAUUCAUUGGAUUUACUGGGUUUAAAGGACNUGAUGAACAGACUGAUAGCGAUGUGGAGGUGACUGAGUCAGCCACUGACUCGGUAUCAAAUUUUUCAGAGUCAAAGCCAACAACGUCUUCUCCCACAAACACAAGUAAAGUUGAUCUGCGGAAGUUCCGUGGCGUCAAGGAUAAAGACAUUAAAAUUCAGAUCAAGGUGGGUGACGGCAAAGAGAGCUGUACCGUCAUCCCCGCCACUGUGGCUUUGACUGAUGUCACCAAACCCCUGACAAUACAAACUAAGUUUACCUGUUCUCCUAUACCUAGCUUUGAAAGCACUGACACUGCCUCUGAGACUGGGAGUAACAUUCACUCCCCAUACUCCAACAGUCCACCUGUGUUCUCUCCCACAGCCGCUUCUGCAAGACAAGCCGAAACCACAAGUAAAACCAGAGCCAGUCUAAUUAACAGACUGGAGGGAGUGGUGAAGUCAGAAAAGAUAGAUGGCGCUGGCUUUGAUGGUUUGUCUGGGUCAGGAGAGGACGGGGAGAUGAGUAAAGAAAAGAUGGCGGCCAUGGAGAUGAUGCAGGGACAACAAGGCGGAGGGCAUGUAAAGACAGAGAAGGGAGGACUCACAGAUGAAGAGCAGAAGAAUAAAUUUAGUCACCAGGCUUUCACCCCCAAGGACUUGUUAGCUUUACUGAAGAAUGUAGAAGGUGAGAUCAGUUGCUGUGAGGCCAACCUUAGGGAUGAGAUUGAGAAAAGGAAAAAGUACAAGAUUGAUGACUGCCGCAGGACACACACAUACGAUCAGUUUAUUUGCACAUUCCUCUCCAUGCUGGCUGAGCAGGGCAAGCUGGCAGACCUGGUGGAACAGCACAUGUUGGUCAAGAGGAGACAGGGCGUCACAGUGGGACGGCUGCACAAGAUUAGCAAAGUUGAUAAAAGGAAAAGAGCCAGACCCAAGAGAAGACGAUGAUUGACAAAAUCAGAAAUUUGAAUUUAAGACUAACCUGGGGAGAAGACACAGAUAAUGGAAAUGAACACAUGCAUUAGAUACUGUGUAAAGUUAUUUUGCCUUUUAUGUGGUCUCUGAACUAGAAAUAUAAGAAACAAAGCCAGGACACUAUUUUAUAAAGAAUCUUAAGUUGAUAAAUGGUCUUAACUAAGUCUGUUCCGAAUCUCACUUUGCAAAGUUUUUUCAACAAUAUUUUAUAAUACCUCAUAUAUAGCAGCCGUUUGAAAGUCAUCUAUGUAUGGGUAGACUAAUCAUUUGUGAAAAGUUCUAAGACUGCUAUUGGUGGACUUUUAAAUUACAUAGCUAAGUGUAAAAUGAGGUAUUAUAUUUAAAAUAUACUUAUAAGAUACUUUAAUUCCCAGAAUUCCAAGUAAAGUUUUGAUGUAUUUGCUAAAAUUUAUGUGCCACAAUAAAAAAUAAAAUAUUAAACCAAAUCAUCUGCAAUCAUACAAAAAUACAAAAUUAUUUUCUUUAGUUAUCACAGAGAAAUCCAUUACAAUGUUCACACAUUUCUUAAAUACAGCAUGGAAAUAGUUCAGAGGAUUACAUCUAGCUACAAUAUGUCACCAAAGCACUUUUUUUUAUUAGCACA